UAUUAGUGUUUUCAUCAUUGUAUCUACUACAUUUAGGUCGAAAGUCAACAAACCCUCUAAUGAUAUCGUUUCUAUAGACAUAUUACAUCUUGCAACCAAGCAGUUAAAAUAAUUCGUAAUCAUGGAUGUAAAGGCGAUAGUGACUAUUAGUUCUUUACUAAUUAUAUUACAAUCAGUAAACAUAGCGGUUGCUGCUCCCCAGUUUUAUAAUACUCAUAAUAUGGGUAUGAACGGUCUAGGUCCAACAUAUUUCUUCCCUUCAAACUAUAUGCCGUACGCUCCGUUUCCAUACCUUCCUUAUAGUGGUUAUCCUACUAACCUAAUGAACUAUCCCAUGCAGUUUCCUACGAAUGGUACUCCAUGGAGUUCCCCGACGGACUUAUCCAGUGGAAACAUUCCUAGAUACUUUGGCCAGAUGUAUACAGGUAUAAAUUAUCCUUUGGCAAUGAAUCCAUCCCAAAACCACGUUGAAAUUAUUGACGUGAGUCCAGAAUAUCAAAUGAAACAACUAGGUAUGCAAGGGGAAUUCAAUCAGAAUCAUCUUGAUCCUUCAAAAUCAAAGUAUGACGUGAAGGUCAGCACGCAGACUCAGAAUAUAACGAGUGUACCAUCCCAGUUUAGUCAACCAAUAAAAAGUGAUAAAGUCUAUAAUACAACUUUUAGGAGAACUUACGUUUAUGAUCCGUCCAAUCCUAAUAUUAAUAUUGAGCCUAUAAAUGUUCACUACAUAAAUGGAGUUGAAGUCACUACAACCACUCCUGCCCCAACAACUGAAAGUGACCACGUGGAACCAAUUAAGCAAUGGAUUGAUAACCACUUAAAGAAUACAUCUAAAUAAUUCAUAAACUUUUACUUCAUAUACCACCACUGAUUGUUACUUAUGCAUUAAA